AUGUUGGCUGCUCGCUCCUUCGCCGCACCGUCGCGGCAAUGUCUGCGCCAGGCGACCCGAGCAAGGUGGGCGCCCGCGCUGUCACAGGUCUCUGCCCGCACCUACGCCUCGGAAGUUGCCAAGUUCCACGGCACAAAGGGCAGCGAUGGCAAGUACUCGGUCACGCUCAUUGAGGGCGACGGUAUCGGUCCCGAGAUUGCGCAAUCGGUAAAGGACAUUUACUCUGCUGCCAAUGUGCCAAUCAAGUGGGAGUCGGUCGAUGUGACGCCGCGCCUCAACGAGGACGGCAAGACGGUGAUUCCCGACGAGUCGAUUACCAGCGUCAAGAAGAACUUGGUUGCCCUCAAGGGCCCGCUUGCGACACCCAUUGGAAAGGGUCACGUCUCGCUCAACCUGACGCUCCGCCGUACUUUCAACCUCUUCGCCAACGUCCGACCCUGCAGAUCCAUCGCCGGUUACAAGACGCCCUACGACGACGUCGACACUGUCCUGAUCCGUGAGAACACCGAGGGUGAAUACUCUGGCAUUGAGCACAUUGUGGUGGACGGUGUUGUGCAGAGCAUCAAGCUCAUCACCCGCGAGGCCUCUGAGCGCGUGCUGCGAUAUGCCUUCCAGCACGCCCGCGACAUUGGCCGCAAGAAGGUCCGCGCCGUGCACAAGGCCACCAUCAUGAAGAUGUCCGACGGUCUCUUCCUCAGCACCGCCCGCGAAAUCUCAAAGGAGUUCCCCGACAUUGAGUUUGACGCCGAACUCCUGGACAACACCUGCUUGAAGAUGGUCACCGACCCCGUCCCAUACAACGACAAGGUGCUCGUCAUGCCCAACUUGUACGGAGACAUCCUCUCCGACAUGUGCGCUGGUCUCAUCGGUGGUCUUGGUCUCACUCCCUCGGGCAACAUUGGUGACAACUGCUCCAUCUUCGAGGCUGUCCACGGUUCCGCGCCCGACAUUGCUGGAAAGCAGCUCGCUAACCCCACGGCGCUCCUUCUCAGCUCCAUCAUGAUGUUGCGACACAUGGGCUUGACCGCCGAGGCCAGCAACAUUGAGCAGGCUAUCUUCAAGGUGCUCGCAGAGGGCAAGACCAUCACCGGCGAUCUCGGCGGAAAGGCCAAGACGUAUGAGUAUGCCGAUGCUGUCAUCAAGGCGCUCAAGUAGAUUCCCCAAGUAGAUUAGCUUAUGGAUUUGACGAGCAUUGAAACCAUGUAUGGUAGCGAUUGCAUAUUGUGGAUAUGUCCCUGUACUAUAGCUGCCAGUAAGCUAGAUUAUCUCUAUCUUGAGUUUGU